CCCCGUCCAGCGCGCUCCAGAGCCAGUUUAAUACCCGCCUGUAAGAGGUUUACCUGCUCACAAGCCGAGGUCUGUGUCGGUGGAUUGUACGACUCAACUCCAGUGAUUUUAUUUCAGAAGAGAGACAGAAAACGUGUCACACUGAAGAUCAACGUGUUGAUGACACAUUCCUGAAGCUUCUGAAGAACCGACCCAACAGCAGACAGAGGCUGCCAUCUUCUUUGUGUGUGAGGAGAGAUAAAGGCGAGAGUGUGUGUGAUCUGAGGAGGAAAGGACGCAGUGUUUGACUUGGAAAUGGCUUUUCUGUGUCUGAGGGAAAGUCAGAGGGAGCUGAGCUGAGCUGAGGUCAAGGCCUUCCUCCUCUCCCCCAGAGUCACAUGUCAGUGUGAGGCACAACCCCCGGGGUUGCUAUCGCUACGCUGACCGACCUAAAUACUUGUAUACACACUUGGAGCAACACAGACCGGGUCGCUCAGUUGGGAGUGGAAACAGAGAGAAGAGCUUCUUGCUGCUGACGCUUCAUCUCUCCUGUAGAAACCGACAGAUACUCAAAGACUGAAUCCCCUCACCAGCAAAAUGCCAGCAAAGACACCAAUGUACCUAAAAACUACAACUCCCAAGAAGGGGAAGAAGCUGAAGCUUCGUGAUGUCCUCUCAGGUGAUAUGAUCAGCCCCCCGCUGGGUGAUGUACGUCACAGCGCCCAUGUGGGGCCCGAAGGUGAAGGUGACAUGUUUGGAGACGUGGGUUUCCUCCAGGGGAAGAUGAACAUGCUGCCAUCGGUGAGCCGGACACAGAACGGGCACUCGCGCUCGCACAGCGUGGAGAGACGCCUGGAUGAUGGCGUCACCCCCAGACAGGACUCACACAGCUAUGCCUACAACGGGUAUCACUAUGAGCACUCCUCCUCCGGCCUGCUGAAGAACACCGUCUCCAUGCCUGUGUUCAUGGCCCACGAACAGGCUCCACCGAAACCUCCACGGCUCCACCUGGACGACCCCUCCCCACCUUCUCUGCCUUCCCAGCAAAACCACUUCCACCACCAUCAGCAGCCAACAGGGGCGAGCCACAAACAGGCCAACGGCUACAGUCACACAGACGGCCACAGCCAGCAGCACCCGACUCCGUCACUCUUUGAGAACGGUCUGGUUGGCCGUUUGGCAUCAGAGCCCUGCAGAGACAUCUCCCUCUCCCCCAACAUCCGCAGGCUGGUCCCCUCCUCUGGCUCCUUCUCAGAGGUCUCCUCUGAGGACUCCAUGUCGGAGAACUGCGGGCCCCUGGACGUACGCCGGGGCCUCAGCUUAGAUUCUGACGCGGGCCUGAGCAACGAGGAUCUGAGGAGUGAACGCAGUGAGUCACCCUGCACUCCCUUCCAGAUGGCCAGUCUUACAGCCUCUUCCGGUGUGCCCCGGUCAGACUCUAUGGCGGGGUUAGACCUGGAUCUGGGCCCAUCUAUUCUAGAGGAUGUCCUGAGUAUCAUGGACCGCUACAAGACUGAGGACAACCGCUGCGAGCUGUGAAGAAUGGAGAGAUUAAUAUGAUGUACAGAUAUUUUUUAUACAUGGUUUAUACAGAUAUUAAAGGAGGACAAGGGAUGGAGAACUUUGGAGUGGAGGGUGGAGACAUUGCUGCCCAACAUGACAACAGCCAAGGCAACAGGCUGGUCCUUAGGAGCCUUUAUCAAAGCUGAACCUCAGACUCAUGAACACUUAAACACUAAGCUAACAAAGAGAAGAACUGCAGUCAAACUGAUACCACACAUUCCUCUUUUCUUUGCCAGCCACUAAGCAGUGUAUUGUCUCCUAAUCUGACCUGUGCUGAGAAUUUUCUGCUUGUUAAUGGUUAACAAACUGCCAACUGAGUGAGAUGUGAGUGUCUGUAGACUGAGAAAUCAGCAGCUGUGAAGGAAAUUCAGGAGCAGCAGGACUCACUUAUCUGUCGUGGGAACAGCGACUGAAUCUCUCUGCAGAGUUUAAAUUCCACAUGCAGUCGUACUAAACUGAACAAAACACAGAGUUUUAAUGCUGAAGCUCAUUUUCUGUCCUGAUUUAUUCUGGCUGCCUGAAAUGUUCUAAAUGUUUCUGAAUAUUAAUAUCUUCACUUGUUUACUGUAAUGCUUCAAUGCCAGAUGAAAUGUGAAGAACUUCUGAUUUUACUGUCCCUCUGUAACUGAUGAGGAUGUGAGCUGUGCGGUCUCUAGUGAAGCCUUUCAUACCAGCAGCUCAGUGACAGAUGGAAACUGCUUUAAGUGUAAGACACAUGCUGCUUCUAGAUCAUCGAGAUCAACACCUUCUUCUCAUGUUGUGGCUCACCGUCGGCCUCCCUAACACUCACUGUCUGCAUUAUCACAGUAGCCUAUUAUUCAAAUGUCAUUUAUGAUGUAUAAAUGUAAGAAUAAAACGUUCCUAUAAAGAAAA